AUGGGGCUUCUUCCAGGCUUCAUAAUGGUUCGCACUUACAAAAGGAAAACUGAGAGGGGUGCGGGGAAACGCUACUCCCAUGGAGAUCUUGUAAGUGCUGUGAAUGCCAUUAAGAAUCAUGAAAUGAACCGAAAAAUAGCAUCAAAUUAUUAUGGUGUUCCUGAGAGCACCAUCCAGAUGCGCCUGAGCACUAGAAGAACCGGACUUGACUCUGCAGUUCCCGGACGGAAGCCUGCUUUAUCCAAGGAAGUAGAGGACACCCUGGAAUCUGUCUUGAGAAAAAUGGGGGAGUGGGGCUAUCCUUUGUCAAGAAAAGAGGUCAUAGCACUUGCUACAGAUUACUGCAAGCUCAACGAGCUGAAAGUCGACAAGUUAGGAGAAGACUGGUUCCGUGGAUUCAUGACCAGGCAUUCCACACUAACUCUGAAAAAACCAGAACUCCUGCAGUCUUGUCGAGCCAAGCAAGCUGAUCCAGUGGUCAUAGCCGAUUUCUUCAGAGUCAUUGCUGCAGCAUAUCAAGAGAUAGGCUUGUAUGAUGAGGAUGCAGCCAUUCAAGGGGAUUUUGUAUGGAAUGCAGACGAGACGGGAUUUUUCCAUGAUCCGAGGAAGACUAAAGGUAACAAAAGGGGACUGAUGAUCCCAUGGCUGUGCAUGAAUCUCCUUGCCCUGAUCAUUGGAGCUCUAGCUGUGAUGGCAGGUGUUUCCUUCAUCAUUGCAACUGGAGUUGAUGUUGCUUCUAUCCUCAUAUUUACCUUGAUCUGCCUGAUUGGUUAUUCCAUUGGACUGCACUUUUUCCUUGUCAUCUACUCUCACUUCAGGGAACUUGAGAACCUGGUCCCAACUGAAGAAGGUGCUUUUGUUCUCCCACCUCCAUACACUGAAAAAGGAAAGAAUGGCUUCAACUUCCACCAACUGCAGGAGACAGCUUGAACCUUCGUUUUCUUCUGAUCUUCAUUCUUGGCUCAUUUUUCUCUGUUCUUUUCUUUCAUACACUGGUUGUGAGCAAACCACAUCUUUUAAGAUAGAGCUGUGGUGGGCAACAGGAUUUUUUUUCUUGCCACAGGUGUGGCAACUCAACCAUUAAAAUUGCCACACUUUGAAUAAAACUCAGAAUUUGCAUGAAAUAAAUGUAUUUCAUGAUUCCAAUGACACUGAGGGGUUAAUUACAAAGAAUUAUGCCUCAAUUUUGUGGCAAUUGGCGAUCAUGUUGCCCACCCCAGAGCUAGAGAGUGAGUGUGUUAUUGGAUAUCUGCAUACCUUUUUUAAGAUGUGGUAUCUUUGUCUUAUGCAGGUACAGGUAUUUGCAUUGCAUAUUUUCAGUUUCACAUGCUUCUCCUUCAUUGCAUGAAGCAAAUACAUGAAUAUCCAGAUGUCAGAAAGAAACCACUGGUUGCUAACUAUAGCCUUUUUGUUCAUUUUUAUGUUGGAACUGUUUCAUUUCCUGCAUAAAUUCUCACUUCCCAAGCAAGAGCUGUCAUAGAACUUUGUAUAGAUUUGAAAACAUCAUAUCUCACUCACUUUUGGACUGUAGCUGUUUCCUCCAGGUUGCUCCCAUGUUCCUGGCCAGUUGAAUCAGUUGAAUUUUCAUCAUGGAUUUGUUUUUUUUUUUUUCUGAAAGUGGCAAGACAUGUAAAUCUCAGUCAUUGUAAUAUUCUGUGAUAUCUGGAGAAGGCUACUGAAGUAUCUCAGUAUUCUUUGAGGUCAAUAUAGUGCCUCCAAAGUUUUUGUCUUUACUUGUACCUCAGUUCUAUAACUGUUACUCAACGAGCAGACUCAUUUGUAACUGGAAUUAUUUGAAGGAACUUGGUUAGAUAUAUGUUCCUGUUCCUCAUUACAUGAGAAUCUCCUUCAAAAGUUAUAUCUGCCUGAUUAGUCAGCUGCAGUCUACACUUGACUGCUUUCUUGCAUCUUGUAUCUUUUUUCUGCUGCUGUGAUGGGCCUGUGCCUGUAUCCUCUUUGGUGCUAACUAUAUGUACAUUUUUCAAUAUCACUUUGCUUAUUUGUGUGCAGUUGGCAAGAGGGCAUUAUUCUUGAAGGUGUCAUGAUAUUGCUUUGGUUUCUCUGGUUUUCUCAAGUAGAGUUAGCACUGAGUGGAGAGAUCAUGCUUUUUCCUUAAUGUGGAAUAAAUCUCACUUGUGAUUA